GCGCCGCGCCGCGGGGCGGCGGCCGCCCGUCCGCGGCUGCUGCUGCUCCUCGCCGCGGCGGCGCUGCUGCCUCGGCCGGCCACGGGCGUCCUCGAUGCUCCGAGCGCGGGCGGCCCCGGGCGGCGCGGGGGCUUCGUGGCGCUGCGGGUGGACGCCGGCGGCGCGCUCUCCAGCGAGGAGGGCGCGGGCGGCGAGGGCGAGGCGAACGGCAGCGGCGCGGAGGCGCCGCCGACGGGCGCCGCCGCCGCGCUCUCCGCCGCG